UUCUGAGUUGAAGUGAGGUGAAAACAGCGAGCCAGGACACACACGAGUAUUUAAAGAGUGGAUUGACAACUUUAGACACUUUAUAGAGACAAGGUUGUCAGAGCUGACCCAAAUUUUAACCAUUGCCAAAGGUAGAGAGAGACGAAUCUACAUCCUCAGCGUCAAUGGAACAAGACCAGCAAGCUCCACCCUCCAGUCCUGAGUCUGACACCACACCUGCUCCUGCAUAUGAUUCAUUGUCAGAUGAGCCUCAGACCAGAGCAGACUUCUUAAGAUAUUACUGUCACCUCAGCCUGGACCCAAACACAGCGUACAGAGAGCUGGUUCUGUCUGAGGGCAACAGAAAAGCAGAGCUCACAUCUAUAGUCCAGGAUUACCCUGAACACCCAGACAGGUUCUCUCACCUCUACCAGGUGCUUUGCAAAGAGGGUCUGACUGGACGCUGUUACUGGGAGGUGGAGUUUGAUAGGUCUGUUGAAGUAGCCGUGGCGUACAAAGAUCUAGGCAGAUCUGACUAUUAUUCUGAGUGUGCGUUUGGCUGCAACGACAAAUCCUGGAGUUUAGACAUAAACAGAAACAGCAAAUGUUUCAGAUACAAUGACGAGGAGACUGAGGUGCCGGAGCCUCUGUCCUCCAGAGUCGGCGUUUACCUCGAUCAUAAGGCGGGUAGUCUGACCUUCUACUGUGUCUGUGACACGACUAUGCAGCUCAUGCACAGAGAAAAACCAUGUUCACAAAGCCGCUCUACCCCGGGCUGUGGGUCCCGUUCACCGCCCAGCUGUGUGACCUGUAGAGGUCCAGCAAAAAGUGUUCACUCUGUCUCAAGUUUUUUGGUGGACUCGGGAGGACUAGGACCAUGCUGUAAAAGUGCUUGGAAGUCCCAAGGUAUUUAA